AGGAGUUUGCAUGAUCUAACCAGUCAGCUGUUUAUAGAUCAGCUGCGGCCAGAAAAAAACCAAGUUUGCUGUAGUAUUUGGUCUCUAGAAGGCGCACCGAGCUGUCAAAAGGUAACGCUCCAGCUGUUGCGCAUGGAAGCAUGGAGAUCAGGAAAAAGAGCAGCCAUACAUUUACCAUCUCGGAGUUAUCUGAUCUGGCGGAUCUUAAGCCUGGAGACUUGAUUGAGGUUUUCCGCUUCGGGUACCAGCACUGGGCCAUCUAUGUGGGAAACGGCUAUGUGGUUCAUUUGGCCCCGCCAAGUGAAUAUGCUGGAGCGGGCUGUGCCAGCCUGAUGUCCACCCUCACCGACAAGGCCUGGGUGAAGAAGGAGCUGCUGCGGGACGUGGUUGGGAACAACCAAUACCGGGUCAACAACAAGCAUGACGGCAAGUACGACCCGCUGCCGGCCAACAAGAUCGUCCAGAGGGCCGAGGAGAGGGUCGGCCAGGAGCUCGAGUACAAAGUCACCAGCGAAAACUGCGAGCACUUUGUCAACGAGCUGCGCUACGGGGUGGCCAGGAGUGACCAAGUCCGGGAUGCCCUGGUAGGAGUUGGCGUCGCAGGCUUAGGGUUUGCUGCCCUGGGACUCCUUGGUGUAGCCAUGGCGAAGAAGAAGAAGAACCAACAGAACCAAUAACAGAGACUCCGAGAAAUUGGACUCCUCUGAGUUUUUUUCUGGGUAUUAUUUUGUUUUGUUUUGUUUUGGAGAUAUGACUUGGCUUCUAUUUGGGGCCACGAUCCAAAGCUUCUUAUUAACUGACCACUUGAACUAUUUCCCUUAUUGAUUUAAUCAAAGUCUCCAUGAAGCAGAUGGGAGAGGGGCUCGUUCCCCGUGAACUAGGUCUCACUACUACCGGGAUUGUUUACCAAGAUCGCUAUAGAUUAAGGGACGGAAGCUGGGAGAAGAUCCUGAAGGUGGCCAAGGUCAGAUCUGAGCCGCCUUCCUGAUUCAUAGCUGAGAUUUUUCCUGAGUCAUAGUAAUGUGAUCAGUUCGUCCUUAACGCUAGAGUCCUGACAUUCCUAAAGGCUUUUGCUUGCAAUGUCAAUUUGUUCCCCCCUCAAUGUGUAUGUUUUUGAAACUUUCUGUAUUGAAACGAUGUUCCGGUCAGAUGUGAAUUCAAAAUAAGUCCCUGCACAUUUCA